AAAAAAAAAAAUAAAAAAAAAUAAAUAAAUAAAAAAAAUAUACGUUAUACAAAAGAACUAUAAGACGAAAAUCCGUGGAAGAGUAAAAAGGCUGGCCGAAUAAUUGAACAUAUAUAUGCAUAAGUAAAAGUAAAAGUAAAUUUUUUUGUUCACAGCGAAUCGCUGUUGUUGUGUAUUGUUUAUUUUAAUGGAUUUUGCCGCUUAACUAAUGGCUACGGCUGCAGCGAGUUGCCCCGCAGUGGAGGCGGACACAGAUGCCAGCAACCUAAUCUCGGCUACCGUGGUGGCGGGCCUUAAAAACCUGGGCACGAUUCUGACGCCCCCCAUCACAAAGAUUCUCAUUGCGAACUCCCUCAAGUUGACCCUUCAUCCGGACGCAACCAUUGCACCGGUGCCUGAAAUCUACGCCAACAAUGCUGCCAGCGCCAAGCAAAGCGAAUAUGCCGUCGUUACCCUCUACGCCUUGGCCACCAAGCAUGCCUGGGAUGGACUGACACUCCGCCAGCAAUUGGAGGGACUCGCGGUUCACAGCAGUGCCGUGGAUGAGUUGACACGCGUCUACGAGGACAAUCGGAAGGAUCUGGUGCUGCGUCAACUGCAAGUGGGACACAAUUUUCCCCACAUCACGGAUGUCCAGUGGCGGAUUGUGUGCGAUGUAAAGUCCUCCACGUCCGCCAGCAGUACAGGAGUUGCGCAGUUUUGCAUAAAUCUUGGCCGGUUUCAGCAAAGCAGCGGCGAACGGAUCACAAUUGUGGAGUUCGUGUGCAACGCCGAGGAGCUACAUUCCCUGAUCAAUCGGCUUAAGGAGAUCGAGAGGCAUUGCAAUCAAAUGGCCAUUAGAUAGUAGGAACAAAACAAUCUUAUAAUGUAUAUUCUCGCAGUAAAUAACAAUUCGUUUGUCUAUGUAAGCCAUAUACAAAGUCGAAGCUAAUAAUCUAA